AUGGAAAUCAGUUUGAUUCUCACUCUUCACGAUCAAGGCGGAGUAUCCCAUUGUCAGAAGCCAGUAACAUUCCCUGACGAGGUUUUUUUUAACAAUUCUAUUCUAACUAGUUUGAAUGUUUUGUUUUAGACGACAAUUAAAGAGCUCAGCAAGGCGAUUAACUCCUUUUGGAGUAUCCAUGAAAAUUAUCAAGAACUCUAUCACAAAGGCAAACAGAUUAUUUCGCUUAAAUCUACGCUUCGACAACUUCAUUUCAAAGAUGACGAUGUGAUUGUGGUCGUAAGUGUUUUUAUUAUUAUUUUUGUUUAUUUUUAACCACUCAACCAAAAUUGUAUUAAAAUACACUUCAACGUGAAUAAUUUCAGAAGCACGCUGCACUCAAAUGUUGGGUUAAUUUUCUCUCCCAUUGCGAUGUUGUCAACGAUACAAAGGCAGACAGAAAUGACCGAAAAGCAUCUGCUUACUUGGCUAUUGAUUUGUCGGCUCAAUUGGAAAGUUCAAAAUUUUUGUUGGCUUAUGCGGAUUUUGGCACGACAUGGGUGCAAAAGCGUGGCCAAGCGUUGAGGUUUGUUAAUAUAUAUUUAAAUUUCAGAAACUUUUUUUAAAAAUAAAACUAAAUAUUAAAAAGGAAUGCAAGGAACCUCAUUUUCUAUUUUUUUAUUAACAGGCUAAAAACAAACUUAAAUUUAGCUAUUUUUAUUAUUACAAGUUUGUCAAAUUUUAAUUUAAUUUUUUUAGUUUAUUUAAUUUACGCGUUUUUUUAUUAAAAAAACUAGUAGAUUGUAGAAAAGAAUUUUAAGACGUUUUUAAAUUUCAGAUUGAUCGAUCGACUUCUGCCCGCCUUUAAAGAGAGUGCGAAAGCAUUUUUUGCCAGUCUAGAUCCUGAAUCGACUGUCGAAUUUGAACCUAAGACUGUUGGAAUCAUGUCGGGAACAAUAGCAAAAGUUAUGAAUGGAGAUACACUGACACGCUACUAUUUGAAAACAUAUCAUCGAUCUAAGAAAGCUAAAGUCAUAAGCACGUCAGAUCGAUUCCCACCAGAUCUGAUCGAAACCUUUGUUUAUCGGUUUUUGAACUACAUUGAUACUGGACCAAUUGUAUAUUUCCCGUAUUACUCGAAAUCAAUCAACAUUCAUUUUAUCAUGACUAAACAAGUAGAUGGUUUUCAAGAAUUGGAACAGGUCAACGACGCAGAAUUGCAGAUCAAAAUCGUUGUGGAGGUAAUUUUUAUUUAAAAUUCAAAAGUAUAUAUCCUAAUAAAACGCAUUUUAGGCCUACAUACUCCGGCUGAUUCUUGGAAUUACUGAUCUGAACAGUGGAAAUUUUUGGUGUUGA